CCCCGCGCCGGAGACAAAGAGCGGCCGGAGGAGAGCCGGGCGCAGGACUCCGGGCGUGGCGGCGACGAGCGUGUGGACUUCAGGGAGCCGGAGUCUGGAGCGCUCUCCGGGGGCGCAAGGGCUCGAGAUAGCAAGCCGGCGGCGGAGGCGGAGGAGUAGGCAGGUGCGCCGUCCAGGAUGAGGACGCCGGUGGUGAUGAUUCUGGGCAUGGUGCUCGCACCCUGCGGGCUGCUGCUCACCCUGACCGGCACGCUGACGCCCGGCUGGAGACUGGUGAAGGGCUUCCUUGACCAGCCGGUGGACUUGGUGCUGUACCAGGGCCUGUGGGACAUAUGCCGCGAGCAGAGCAGCAGCGAGCGCCAGUGCGGUCAGCCAGACGACUUGAGCUACUUCGCCGCCGAGCCCGUGCGGGUGGCGCGGGGACUCAUGAUCACGUCGCUGGCCGCCACGGCCCUGGGGCUACUGCUGGCGACGGUCGGCGUGCGCUGCUGGCAGGACGAGCCCCACUUCGCGCUGGCCGGCCUCUCCGGCGUCGUGCUUUUCGCCGCGGGCCUCUUGAGCCUCAUCCCAGUCUCCUGGUACAACCACUUCUUGGCGGAUCGCGCCGUCCUGCCUGCCCAGUCCAGCCCGGUCACCGUGCAGGUCGGCUACAGCCUGGUGCUGGGCUACCUGGGCAGCUGCCUGCUGCUGCUGGGCGGCUUCUCGCUGGCGCUCAGCUUCGCGCCUUGGUGCGCCGAGCGCUGUCGCAGCUGCCGGAAGGCGCCUCCAGGCAGGGCGCGCCGCAGCAGCAUCAGCACCGUGUACGUCGACUGGCCGGAGCCCGCGCUCACGCCGGCCAUCAAGUACUACAGCGACGGCCAGCACCGGCCGCGGCCCGUCCAGCUCGGCGCCGCCAGCCAGCGCAAGGCCGGCUUCCCGAUGCCCCGGCCGCCGCCCAAGGCCUACAGCAACCCGGUGGAAGUGCUCGAUGGGGAGAAGGCUCCCGAAUCCCACCACGGCGGGUCCUCCCGCAGCACCCGGUCAUGCGGCAGCGCACUGCCCUGCGACUCCGACCUGUAGGCGGCGCCCCCAGCCUGCUCUGGCCGGGCCCUGUCUGGAUGAAGGACUCGCCCCACCACGGUCCAACCUUGAACUUGGCUGUUACCUUUCAGCUGGAAACACCUGGCUCGGAGUCGGACCCCCGGACACAUUCCUGUAACUGGUUUGGAGGGCGAUCUUCCUUUCCUAGCCAAACUCGACUCCUUGGACGAUUAGUUCAGGUUGGGUUUGGUUUUCUUUUUACAGAGCUUAGUGUUUCUCCCCCGAGGGAUCAGGGCCGUCUUCUGGACGACAGCCUUUUCAUACUUUUAGCUGGAGACAUAGGAAGGGUGACUUUGCAUCCUGCUGAUAAUAACAAUGUCAGAAUCAGCAAAUGGAGGCUCAAAACCGAUUUAACAUCUCCAAACAACAUUCUGAAAUGCUGAUGAACCUUGCAUCAGUAUAAUUAUUAUUAAUUUAUUUUCUGCUGCAUAAUUCAUUUUCACACAAACUGUCAAGAGACCGGUACCUUUCUGGUUAUAUUUGAAUGGGGCUGUUAAAAUAAACAUAGAGCCAUGCAAAUACCAGCAGCUUUAGUGGCUUUUAUGGAAUGAAAUAACCUGAUUAACUCAUAUUUACAUUUCUUCAUGUAUAAAUAGGAUCUAUCAUUUUUAUCACUUAUUUUUGGUGUGAAAGGUGAGGUCACUGCAGAGUUUCUCUUCUAGAAGCCAGAAGGAGAAUGAAGGGACUGAUGCUGUAUUGUUCUAUUUCUUGGCUACCUCACCCUGGACAUUAAA